AUGGAUACUUCUGGACCUUGCCCUUCUGAUUUCGUCGUUGAACGAUUUAUUGGUCGUGGAUGCUACUCUUUUGUGUAUGAAAUUCGAAAAACAACUGGCUUUGAUAGCGGUUCUAAAUAUGCUUUAAAACGUUUUCUUCUGGAGAGUGACUCCGCAGUUAAAUGCGUUUUGAGAGAAAGACGGAUUUUAGAACGUCUUGCUUUGUGUGAUUUCCAAAGCCCAUUUCUUCCUAUGCUUUGUUACAGUAUGUGGAAAAACUAUUCAUCUGCUUUUGUUCUCCGAGAAGGCUCAGGCUGUGAUCUUUAUGAUCUCCUAUGUCACGUUGGUUGUCUGUCAGAAAACAAUACACGUUUUUAUAUCGCAGAGAUUAUUUGCGGCCUGGAGCAUUUGCAUUCAAUGAGUAUUGUACAUUUGGAUGUCAAACCUGAAAAUAUCCUUUUUUAUCCUGAUGGCCAUGUAUUCGUUUCGGAUUUAGAUCGUUCCUAUGAUAUUUCUCAAAAUAUCAAGCCCACACUAGAUGACUUUACCGGAACUCCUUUAUUCAUGGCUCCGGAGGUCGCUCGAGGUGAAGCCAUAGACACCAGGUCGGAUAUAUGGAGUCUGGGUGUCCUUGUGGCGGAGAUGGUUACUGGUCCUAUCCGACGUGAAGCUGAAAAUACCGCUGAAGAAUUUAAACGAGCUCGUAUGGGUACAUAUUCCAUACGGGGUUUAAAGCGUCUUUCAAAGCCUCUUCAGUCGUUUUUUAGCGCCUGUUUGCAACGUCAGCAUACACAACGUCCUUACCUUAAAGGUGUAAAGGAGCUUCGGUUCUUAAAAUAUGUUGACUGGUGUAAGGCUGGGUCCAGACUUCUUCGUCCUCCAUAUUCGACUUCAGAACUCCGUCACCGAUUGUCAAAAGAAGAUAAGACCUCGGUAUCCUCCACUGAUGUAAAUCUCCUUUCUGGAGCAUUUAAACCUUGGAGACCAGCGAAUUUCAAUUCAAAAAUUUCACAGAGCGCAAACACUGAUGAUUCUGAACCUGGGAAUAUUCCGUCCUCCUUAAAAAAAGCAGGAUACACUGAAGAGAAACUGGACUUACUGUUUAGCUCGUUCAACUUUAUACAUCCGAGUUUACAGGCAUCUGUUGCCAAUACUGACAUUUCAGAUUCUUUAUCAAAACUAACAAUGAAGCUAGAUACACCGACAGAUUGUUCAGUCGAUAACAUCCCAAAUACUAAACAUCCUAAAGGUCUUACUAAUGGUAAUUCUAUGGGGCCCAUGCUUUUCCGAAGACCUAGGUCCAGAGGUACAUCUAUUGGGGAUUGA